AUGUCUGAAGAAGAACAACACACUUUCGAAACCGCUGAUGCCGGCUCCUCUUUAACUUACCCAAUGCAAUGUUCCGCUUUGAGAAAGGGUGGUUUCGUUGUCAUCAAGGGCAGACCAUGUAAAAUUGUUGACAUGUCUACCUCCAAGACCGGUAAGCAUGGUCACGCUAAAGUCCAUUUAGUCGCUAUUGAUGUCUUCACUGGUAAGAAGAUGGAAGAUUUAUCUCCAUCCACUCACAACAUGGAAUGUCCAUUCGUUAAGAGAACUGAGUACCAAUUGUUGGACAUUGACGAUGGUUUCUUAUCUUUGAUGAGCAAUGAUGGUGAAACUAAGGACGACGUUAAAGCUCCAGAAGGUGAGUUAGGUGAUAAAUUACAAGAAGCUUUCGAUGAAGGUAAAGAUUUGAAUGUUGUUAUCAUCUCCGCCAUGGAAGAAGAAGCUGCUAUCUCUUUCAAAGAAGCCAAUGGCUCCGCUUAA